AUGCGGGUUUUCCUUUUGAGUCAUGCUGAUAAAGAAUUUGUGUGGUCUCUAUGGAAACAACUGCAAGUGUCAAGUCCAGAUCUUACUCAAGCUGUCAGCUUGGUUGUGGAAAGAGAAAAGCAGAAAGCUGAAGUCAAGGACAGAAGGGUUUUAGAGAUUUUGCAAGCCAAAGACAGCAAAAUAGAAACCCUUGAACAGAGACUCACAGGGCAGCAGCAGGAGAUAAACAACUUAAUACAGAGAAAAAGUGCUGUGGAUGAGGAAAAUGCCCGUUUGAAGAAUGAAUGCAGUAACUUGAACCAGAAAUUUAAAGAUAAAAGCCAAGAACUUAAGGACACUGAGGAGUGUGCACAGAAGAACGAAGAGCAAAACAGACUGGUUAUAAAAAACCUGGAGGAGGAAAAUAAGGGAUUAAAUGCAUGCUGUGCUGACCUGAUAAAUGACCUGGAGAAACUGAGGAAGCAGGAGGCACAUUGGAGAACAGAAAAAUAUGGCAAUGAUGCCAGAUUAAAGAAUUUGGAAACAGAUUUAGCAGAAGCAAGAGUACAAAUGAAAGAGUUACACAGUAUAUGCUGUAGCUUAUCAUCUCAAGUGGCAGUGAAACAGGAAGAACUCUCCCAAAAGAAUUGUGAUGUGAUCAAAGCUAAGAAGGAAUUACAGGAACUGCGGAAUCUUUACAGACAAAACAUUGAACAUACAACAGAGCAGGCUGAGCUGAUAAAGGAGCUUCAGGCUCUCAAUGCUGAUACACAAAAAGUACUGAAAGACCAAGACGCUGCUCAUACAGCCGAAACAACAUCAUAUCAAAAACUUUAUAAUGAAUUGAGUCUAUGUUUUAAAACUGUUAAAACAAGUGAAAUUCAACUACAGCAAAGCUGUGCAUCUCUUCAGGAUCAGUUGCUUGAGAAAGAUCAAAGGAUUUGUAAGUUGCAGGAGCAGCUUCAGCAGGCUCAUGAUGCUUUAAAUGCAGUACGUCAGAAUUCUUCAAAAUGUAAACUACUGGAACCACCUGUGAAACGUUCAAGGUCUCUGUCCCCAAAGAGCUCUUUUAGCGAGUUGGAGGAGCUAAGGAAGCUUAAAAUAGCUGAGAGGAAGAUUGAAAACUUAGAGAAGAAGCUACAUCUAAAGACUCAAGAAACUGAUGAGCUAAGAGCAGCCCAUGAAGAACUAAAUACGAGGCUGCAGAUGUUACAGACCAACUACAGAGCACUAAAAGAGCAAUUAAAGCAGUGGGAAGAGGGUGAUAGCAGGACUGAAAGUAAAAGCAGUAAAAGCAGAUACCAGCAUGAAGGCCCCUGUCAGCUUUGUCAAGAGGAUUCUGAUACUGUGUGGAAUGAACUGGCUUUUUUCAAAAGGGAACACAAAAAACUGUUGAUUGAAAAACUGAAUCUUGAAGAAGAAUUGGAUCAGAUGAAAGUACACUGUUCUGUGGAGCCACUUCUUAAACUUGAGAAGGAGGAUGGGGUCAAGAACAGUACUCCAAAGAAGAAUAUGAAAGAAGUUUCACAUCAGACACUACAGAAGGUACAACAACUGGAAGGAAGAUUCAGAGCUAUUGAAGGGGAAUUGAAGAAACAGAAAGAAGUAAAUAAAGACUUAGUGAAGGAGAAAAAUUAUUUGAAAGCAUCUUUAAAAGUGCAACAGGAAGAUGCAGGCACAAGAGAAAGAGAGCUGGAAACUCUGCUUAAGAAGAUUUUUGAAAUGAAAAAAGACAAAGCUGAACUUCAGGUAAUGAUUGAUAAGCAGGAAAACGAAGCUGCCUCUUUGAAGAAGCAAGUGGCAGAAGCUAACAGGUUGAGAAAUGAAAAUGAAGAUUUGCUGAGUCAAGUGCAGGAGCUCAAGUGUUUGCUGGAUGAAGCCAAAGCAGUGGCAACCUCUGGGCAAUGUAAUUGCAAGAUAACAGGCACCAUGGUUAAUUUAAAAACAGCUGAGAAAAAGAGCUCUUUGGGACAUCAUGGAGCUUUUCUCAAACCGUCCAUCAAGGUUAUGAGUAAUAUAUUUGAGAACUUCAGUAAGGACGGCUGGGAAGAUGUGAGUGAAAGCAGUGACUCCGAAACACCGACUUCUGAAAGUUUGGAAAAUGUGAUUAUGAAGACAGUGCAAAACAUUGAUCCACAGCCAGAUGGAAGUAAACAACUCAGAAAAAAGCAAAUACAAGAUAGUCAAAAUCCCUGCAAUAUUGUUCAUUUAGAAGGGAAAACCCCGAAGCACAAUAAAAAGGGCCAUUCACAGAAUAAAGACCUGGAAAAGUUACAUUCAAAGAGAAGGAAAAUCUGCUGUCUUGUAACAUCUUAUCCAUCAAUUCCCACCAAAGUGAACAGAACAAAAAGGAGAAAUAUAAUUAUCCAGAAACGAGGCUACUGUCUUACUCUGCUGCAAGAAAGAAUUAAGUCAUUGCAGCAGCAGAUAGCUGUUUUACAGAGUGAGAAAAAGACAGCAAUGUCUUCUGUGAAGGGAUUUAAGGAAAGCAAUGAAAAGCUAACAACUCAGCUACAUUUGGCUGAUCAGAGUCUUCAAACAAGCAAUCUGACAGUAGAGUUGUUGACCUCCAAACUGGCCAAUUUGCAACAGGAGAAGGAAGAUUUACAGAGAAAAUUGAAGUUGAGAGAACAUCUGUCUCAAACUGCCAGCAAGAGUGAAGCCACACUUGUUCCUUCAAAGAACACUGAUUUAGAGAUGAGACAGCUGCAGUGCAAACUAAAGAAUUCGAAUAAUGAAAUCACUAAGCAAUUGACCACCAUUAAGUCACUAAAAAAAGAAGUCCAGGAAAAAGAAGAACGGAUUCGGGAACUGCAAGUGAAAAUUUCUCGAUUGGAGAGGGACCUUAAUAUGAAAAGACAUUUGAUAGAAGACUUAAGGUCUCGUUUAAAAGCAAGUCAACAAAAUGAGACAACCACUAAUGAUACAUUAGAAAGUCUUGAGAGAAAGGUAAAGGCACUGGCUGAAGAAUGUUUGAACAAAAAAGCUUCCAUUAACUCACUGAAACAAAGACUCGAUGAGGCUACAAAGGAGAAGUCUGAGUAUGAGCAGAUGUACCACAGAGCUAAAGAUGAAUUGGAGAAAAAGGAUCUCAAGCUUACCAAUCUUGAGAACAAAAUCACUGAGUCUGAAUGUGCCAUGACUAAACUUGAGACUACUGCAUCUCAACAACUAUGUGAUUUGGCUAAACAGAGUGAACAAGCUUUGGAAACUGUACAGAAGAAGCUGCUGCUCAACAAGGACAAAGUGGAAGAGUUCACAACAUUUGUGAAGGCUCUAACCAGAGAGUUACAGCACAGUGUACAAGAGCUGAGAACAAAAAUUAAACAAGCAAAAAAAAUAAGAGAAGUGAGAGGAUACAAAAAAGGUCUUUCCCAAGAGUCUGUUCUGUUGGCGGCAUCUAUCCUUAAUGUUUCAACCACUGAUCUCGAGGAGAUACUAGAAGCAGAAGAUGAUGAGGAAACAGAAAAGACAAAAAUGGAAUUUGAAAAAGAUAAAGAAUGGCUGCAGUAUGUACAGAAACUUCUUGAAGCACAGUUGCCUUUUGCUUCAUACUUAAUGGAUGCCAUACUGGAAAAAUUAAAUGAGAAGAAGAAACUGGUAGAAGAGUAUAGUUCUCUCCUGAAACACACUUUGUGAUUGUUUC